AUGGAAAGACAGCAAGAGGAAGACACAGCUGACACUGAGUCGAUUCCUGAUCCACACUACGUACCACUAACUCAAGUCCAAGACGAUCGCGACCCUUGCAGUGAUCAAAACAGCGAACACACCGGAAGCGAUGACGAUGACUGCAUACAAGGAGAGGCUGUUUUGAAUUGCUUUUUCCAUGUCGUCCAUGCAUUCGCACAGAAGAAGAGCUACGUGAAGAAGAUUAAAAACAAGGACUUCGGAGCUCCCAAGGGAACUGCUUACAGACACGUCGUGAACAUCGCGAGCACGAAGACAGUGGAGCAACGGCAAACCAUCACCGAACUGUACCUCCAAGACUGGAGCAAAAACAGAGGUGAAAAGGCAGCAGCUGAUCACCUGAGAAAGGAAUAUUGCUGCUUUCCCAAAUGGAAUUGGAACUAUGCAUGUAGCGGUGAGGUUGGUGUCUAUCCAUCGAAUUGUCCCAAUGAGAGUUUCAACAGACAUGGUAUCAAGAGUGUGGCAACAGAUUGCUCCAAGAAUGCUACCUUAGCGUCCUUUCUUGUGCACACAGCUCCACGAUUGCUGCAAGAAGAUUCGCACAACAGGAGCGACCCAUGUACUAUCGAAAUACCCAAGACAUCGUCCGUGCUUGCUGUUGGACUGACUGGGUUUUUGCAAGAUGGAAUCGAUGUCGUCGAGCUCGGUCGAGAUGAGUUCGGUCAUCCAGCCAGCUGGCUGGCUAACAUCAGGUACAAGAUUGGUGUGCCAAUAGACCGAUCGCGCAUUAGACUGAUACAAGCAUCACUCGAUGGUGACCAGGGACCAUUCACGAAAAAGCUACUGGAACAAGGCAAGUCGGUAAGAGAAGAUCAAGUCGCCGAUGCAAUGAUUCGAACAACACGUACUGUCUGCCACCUGCAAUGGAAGCAAGGCAAUAUAGUUGGCGAUUGCGAAGACUGCAUAAAACAUCUUGGCUAUUCCUGUCCAGGCGCAAUCUUUCUACGGAGCAAGCAUGGACUUUUACACACAACGUUGGAAGUAUUACGGAAGUCUGAUGCGAAUUCACGAGGCGACGCAGCUAAGGCAGUUGCCCGUGGAAACAACAAACGAAUGUACGAGAGUGGUUUGUGCAGCUCCAAGAAGAGGAGGUGUAAAUCCAAAAUGAUAGAGUCAUUCGAUGCCUAUCUUGGAACGUUGAACGGGCAACAACUUAUGCGUCUGGUACACUAUUUGCAGUUGCUUCCUCGAAAUGGCGAACAGAAACAGUUCGAAUCGCAGACACUGUUAGAUAUAUUGACGUCUUUCUAUGACAACCCAAUGCAAUACCGUUGCAUGCUCUUGGGUGUUGGCAAUCAAAACAAUCACUAUUCUGUUGUACGGAGCAUUGCCGGUAAGAUGAACCAAGCAGCAAAGGAGAACAAUCUUUAA